CAUUAAACAAACCACCGAUAUCCAGGAAUAUUACUAGAAUGAAUCCAGGAAUGCAAACGCACAUUGGAAAUAUCGCGAGACGUCGCAGCUUCUCUCACUACGUAAUGUGCCGUGCUGCUUAUGGCGGCGCUGGUGACAGUGCUGAAAGCUGUUGGGUAUGAAGUGAAACAGAACUGAUUUUUGUACCACCUGAAACUGCUACUUCAAGUUCAGAUCACACCGAAGUAACAAUUCAAGGAAAAAACAUCCCAAAAGUUAGUAAAUCAACUGGUGCAACGAAACUCCGAAGACUAAGGAUAACAACUUCACUUCAAUAGAAACGGGGGAAAAACCGACGCAACCAGACUAAGUAACCAAAGAUCUGUGAGCCCAACUGAAACAAGAAAUUGAAGAAGACAACGAAGACAAAAAAAAAUAACAACGAACCUAAGCCACAGACGACAACCAACAAAAAGCGACCUGCAAAGACAAUACUUGAUCUGAGACAAGAAGUUUGUGCCUACUCAACAGCUUUGACAAAGCACACGUCCCAACGCUGCUUCAAGCCCUUCUCAUCCUCACCGCACCUCUCUCAUCCGGGGUGCGGAGAGGGCUGCUGUCUGCUCGUUUUAUCUUUUCGUUACCUCCUCCUGUCCCUUCCUCAUCUGUUCUCUCUCUGUACUAGAUCUGUUUCUUUUGCUGUGGGAAGCGUAGCGGCUGUCCUCACAUUUGGCCUUUAUAUAUUUUCCUUUUUAAUUCCUCAACUUCUUUUUUUGUCUCUUUUUUUUUUUUUUGUUGUUGUUGCUUUUGCAACUUUUUUUUGAACACGUGCCAGAAAACUUGACAUAAGCGAGUGUGUGUGCGCGUGUGCGUGUUUGUGAACAGAAAGUCUGCAAUAGCAGUGCCACGGUUGGUGUCCCAAGACAGAACAACACAACGAGACCUCAAGAAAUCCAGAGGUGUGGCCUUGGCUGGUCAGUUGAAAAAAAAAAAAAAAAAAAAAAACUAACCUAUUGAAAUUUUUAGAGAAAGAGUGAAAAAAAAAUCACGUCUUGGGGUACCCUUAACGAACAAGCCAUCCACUUAAAGCAAAAAAAAAAAAAAAAAAAAAUCAACUGAAAGGUGGAGAGACCAGAAUUUAAUGGAACAAUAUGGGCAGUCCUUGGAAAGGCUUUGUUGAGUUUACCUUGCCUGCGUCUCCACCCACUGCGUUUGUUAGUGCCGACCUGAGCAACUCCCCCGUCGGACUCAGCCUGUCCCCGUAUGGCCGAUCCAUGAGCUUUGAUCCGAGCUUGCUUCACAACAAUGGCCACACUGCCUUUGCUAAUGGCUCAGGGGUGGGCAUGCGGGAGACCGGGGUAGUGGAGAAGCUGUUGACAUCCUACGGCUUCAUCCAGUGCUCUGAGCGCCAGGCCCGGCUAUUCUUCCACUGCUCCCAGUAUAACGGCAACCUACAGGAACUUAAGAUAGGAGAUGAUGUGGAGUUUGAGGUGUCGCUUGACAAGCGCACCGGCAAGCCCAUAGCUGUGAAGUUGGUAAAGAUCAAGCCUGAGGUGCUGCCUGAGGAGCGCAUCUCUGGGCAGGUGGGGCCUGACUUGCACGCCUCUCCCAUUACUAAGCUGCAUGGUUAUAUACAUCCAGUAGUCUCAGCCAUACCAACUCAUCUGGAUGGGAAGUCUGCACCAGGUCAGAUGCCCACUGGUAGUGUGUGCUAUGAGCGAAAUGGGGAGGUUUUUUACCUGACAUACACACCUGACGAUGUGGAAGGAAACAUACACCUUGACACUGGAGACAAAGUCAGCUUUUACAUGGAGACUAAUAAACAUACCGGCGCAGUCAGCGCUCGAAACAUUGUUCUGGUCAAGAAGAAACAAAUGAGGUGCCAGGGAGUGGUCUGUGCUACUAAGGAGGCGUUUGGUUUUAUCGAGCGUGGAGACGUGGUGAAGGAGAUCUUCUUCCACUACAGCGAGUUCAAGGGAGACCUUGAAGCACUGCAAGCUGGGGAUGAUGUGGAAUUUACCAUUAAAGAGAGAAAUGGCAAGGAGGUGGCCACCGACGUGAGACUGCUCCCUCAGGGAACGGUUAUCUUUGAGGACAUCAGCAUAGAGCACUUUGAUGGAACUGUCGCCAAAGUCAUACCGAAGGUCCCUACCAAGAAUCAGAAUGAUCCAUUGCCUGGACGUAUUAGUGCUAGGGUCAACUUCACUGAAAAGGAGCUUCCGUUUGGUGAGAAGGACACCAAGUCCAAGGUGACCCUUCUGGAUGGCGAUCAUGUGCGUUUCAACAUCUCUGUGGACCGCAGAGACAAGCUGGAAAGAGCCACCAACAUUGAGAUCCUCCCCGAUACCUUCCAUUUUACUAAGGAGUCAAGAGAGAUGGGUGUGAUCGCUGCCAUGCGGGACGGCUUUGGCUUCAUCAAGUGUGUGGACCGGGACGCUCGGAUGUUCUUUCACUUCAGCGAGGUGUUGGAAGAGAGCCCGUUGCACAUCUCUGACGAAGUGGAGUUCACCGUUGUGCCCGAAGAGGUCAGGCCAGGCAGUGAGGAGCUUGCAGAUAAGGACAUGUUGUCUGCCCAGCGGAACCAUGCCGUGCGGAUCAAGAAGCUGCCCAAGGGAACCGUGUCCUUUCACGUCCAAUCGGAGCAGCGCUUUGUGGGCCAGGUGGAGAAGGAGGCCAUGCCGGCCUCAUCCGCCGCCAAUAAGAACGCCAGCCCCAGCAAGGCUAAGGAGAAGAAAAAAGACAAGGGUAAAGUAGACAAGGAUACUGAAGAAGGUAUUAUCGGUUAUGAAGACUGCGGUGUGAAGCUGACCGUAGCAUACUUUAUCAAAGACCUGGAGGGAGCUGCAAUCCCUCAGCAAGGAGACAAGGUGGAGUUUAGUAUUAGUGAAGUGAAGCGAACUGGUCUGCAAAGCGCCGUCUCCAUCAAGAUUCUCAACCGCUCGGUCAACUCCAAGAGACUGCUCGGUUACGUCGCCACCCUAAAGGACAACUUCGGCUUCAUUGAGACGGCCAAUCAUGACCAGGAGAUUUUCUUUCAUUACAGUGAGAUGUGUGGCGACGUGGAUAGCUUGGAACUGGGCGAUACGGUGGAAUACACACUGUCCAAGGGAAAAGGAAACAAAGUUAGCGCCGAGAAGGUCACCAAAGUGGCUCCUGUUAACAGUAUUGGGGAGGACGUGGGGACAACAGUGUUACUGGGUAAAGUGACUCGCCCCUUGCGAAGUGUGGACCCAUCUCAGACUGAGUACCAGGGGCUUAUUGAGGUCACUGAGGAAGGCACUAAGGGGCAAAGCUAUCCGUUUGGCAUCGUUAGCAUGACCAGCAAAGCCGACUGCCUGCAGAAAGGGGAGAUGGUGAAGUUCCAGCUCUGCACAGUGGCCCAGACCGGGCAGAAGAUGGCCUGCCACAUCGUUCCUCAGCGCCUAGCUCUAGUGGAGAGUGUUAAAGAUCAGUUUGGCUUCAUCACGUAUGAGGUCGGCGAGAGCAAGAAGCUCUUCUUCCACGUGAAGGAGGUGCAAGACGGCCUUGAGCUGCAGGCGGGAGACGAGGUGGAGUUCUCGGUCAUCCUCAACCAGCGCACCGGCAAGUGUAGUGCCUGCAACGUGCGCAGAGUCAGUGAGGGCCCCAAACCAGUGGCCACGCCCCGCCCUGAGCGCCUGGUAAACCGCCUGAAGAGCAUCACUCUGGACGACACCAGUGCCCCACGUUUAGUCAUCGUUAGGCAACCCCGUGGACCUGACAAUUCAAAGGGCUUCAGUGUUGAGAGGAAGCCACGUCAGCCUGGUGUCAUCGACUGAGGACUGUUUUCCCCGCCCCUACUUACCUUUUCCAACCAAUAUCAUUGGAGAGGAGCAAUCGGGCUAAGGACAGGGUUUGGGUUGGCAGUCAUUUAUAUAUAGUGUCUGUGUGCAUAUACCCUCUCUCUUUCUCACACUCACACAUGCACAUGCAGACUUCCAUACACACAUGCACACACAUGCACACCAGCCUGACAUUUUGCAGACACACACCAGCCUGACAUUUUGCAGACACACACUACAGAUGCUUGGCAUAUUGGCAUGCAUAACACCUGUCCCUGUCCAGUCAUUGGAGCUCAGUCCUCUCCAUCCCCCCCCCUCAAAAUUCUUUAGCCUUCCCUCUCUUAUGUGUGGUCUACUAGCAAACUGCAGAGCUUAUUACUGUGCUCUAAUGGAGAUUCAGUUUCAUGUGUGUAUGUAUAUGUGUGCACGUGUGUGUGUGUGCACGUGUGUGUGUGUGCACGUGUGUGUGUGUGUGCGCGCGCACGUGUGUUUGAGUGUUUUUGGGUGUGAGUGUGUCUGUGUGAGUGAAUUGUGGACAUGGUGUUUUAGAAAUGUUAAUGAGAGGGGUGAGAAAUGUGAAUGGAGACCUGUCUCGUGAGACGAACGAACGAACAAACAAACUAAACGAAAGCAAGACAAACUGCUCUGCCUGGGGUUUUGCUCCCUCUGUGAUUUCUGGGUGAUGUAGUCUCCUCUGGUGAUGUGUUCUUCUCAACCUAAACUCAUCUGAUUCCAUGUGUGGAAAUCUGCACCUGCUUAAACCUGUCAGUUUUAUGUGCGCGUGUAUGUGUUUGAUAAAGAUAAAGAAUCAUCCUUUUUCUCUUUCUCUUUUUUUUUCUAUACAUUUUUUUUUCACCUGUAACUAAUAUCCCAUAUUUGGGUGUUUUUCAUAGAUCAAUCAAAGCAAAGCGAUUGUGCGUGAGAUUCUAUGCAUAGGAAGCCGCGUUCUCCCUGCUCAGUUUUUAGAGCAGUUUUUAACACCCCCUUGACCCUCGUCAACUUUGACCCCUGACCUGGAAGCACUGUGUCAUGAGGUCAAUGCUCAUGUUUGUUGUUUUGUAAACAAUGUGAAUGAUUUAUUUUGAUUUAUUAUUAUUAUUAUUAUUAUUAUUAUUAUUAUUAUUAUUAUUAUAUUUUUCCGAUCGUCUCAUUUCAGUUUGGUUUUGAGUUUCUGAUUUUGGUUGGAUUUCUGGAACAUUCUGAUGCCUUUAGGUGUUCCCAGGUUCCCCUAUCCAGACCUUCCUUUCCCAGGUGCAGAAUUCCAAAUGGCAUCUUUUAUUCAUCAGUACUUUUAUACAAUGUACUUUUUUUUUUUUCUUUGCACAUCUUUUGCUUUCUCUGUUCUAUUUAAACUCAAAAUGUCUGCUUAUAAAACAACUAAAGUAAGAAUAAGGUGCCUAAAAUGAUAAACGAAACAACAAAAAAAAAAAUUAGAUAUAUCCUCAAACUCCAGCCAACCGCAAAAAAAUAAUAAAACAAAACAAAAAAACAAUCAUAGGAUGGCUUCUGUUUCCAGUAGAAAUAACACAAGUAUGCACUCUGGUUGGUGAAAAAUAUACUGUAUGUAAUGUGUGCUUUCGCUUAGUGGGAAAUGUAAACAUCACAACAUGACUUUGAUAAUGAGGAAUAACAAAGGAAUGGGUGGCUGAAGAUCAUAUAGAAAAUACACCAAAAUCAUAAGGAUUUCAAUAAGUGUGGUUAAAGAGGCAUUGGUGGGGAUUUGCUGUGCUUCAGAAGACACAUGGAGCUGUCUGUCAGUUGAAUUUAAGCUGGAGAAUGUUGAGCUCCAGUUUAACUGCAUAUGGGGUCUCCCCUAUAUACUUUUGUUAAUGGUCUUGAAUGAAAAAAAAAAUUGAAAUAAACGUUUUAUGAAAAGAA